AUGAACAAGGAAAAGGUGGAUCGCAGGCUGGAUCUUGUUGGAAGCUCCGCGGGUUCCAUUAUAAGUGUUGCGACAUGGUGUGCCCUUCACGCCUCUAGUGUAGACGUUAUCAUGGGAGCCAUAAAUGAGCGAAUGCAAGACCCAGCCACAAGUGCCUCCACACGCUGCGCGUUGUUGUAUGUGGUACACGAGCUCCUCCUCACAUGCGCAGCCAACGGUGUCCCGGAAGCCGGGAAGCGACGCGUACUGACGGCGGUAAGCAGAGUAAUACCUGAAGCGGUAACGGCUGUGCGGGCACUGAGCCCAGCGGACAGUGAUGAGUUCGAAAGGGGGUUGUCGAAGGUGGCCUCGUGGUGGUCAUUGCUGAACAUUUUUCCUCGCGUGUGGAUUGAUCAACUCGGUGCCAGAAACGACGAAGUGCCGUCUAGCGAGUCGGUCGCUGGUGCAUCGAUGUCGGCACAGUUGCGGUACAUAGCCGGCCUUAUGUCACGGUACAACGAGGCAAAAGAAGAAUGGCUACGUGCGCUUCAAACCUCUCCCGAACGCGCUGCCACUCUGAGGGGAGAGGCCCAACAAUGGCUUGCAUCGGUGCGGGCAGCGGUCGAAAACAAAUUGGAGGGUGGAGGCUCCCUGGCCACAUGGCUAAGCGCUGAACUAAGCGUAUUGACCGGCAGCGCUCCCAACCCCGGAGGUUCUUUCGUGGGGAAGGAAGAAGAGGACGAUGUUCUUGGAUCGUUCUUCCAAAAGGGGAAAUGA